UACGAAUCAUACCCACCUGCCACGGAGCCUGAGAUCGCCGCCCUGCCUAAGUGAUCGAUAUGUGUGGUUUUUGUUCUUUGUUGUGGUGGGGGGGACAGGGCGGGAGUGCAAGAGUGGGGAUCUCGAGGGCAUCACCGUGUUCAAGAUACCCAACAUGUGCACACGACACAGAUGAUUCUCGGAGCCCCGUCACUGCCGUCGACGUCGAAAAAUAUCGCUGGAUUUUGCUUACAUCGCUAUGCUAUCCUGCAGCGGGUUCGUUAACUCCGACGACAACCCUUCACUUAACGUUAACUGCAUAGAGAUUAGCUGUGGUGGCGGUGUCUGAUUGGCACCAAGCCCGAUGCUGCUAGUAGACAAGCGUAGAUCCUGCAUGCUGGUCCGUGCGUCCAAAAAUUAUUCCCAACGAACGUUACUCCGAGUAGAGCCCCACGGCCUCCCACCACCAGCAGCACCACCACAACCACGCGCGACACAAUGACGACGCCGAUAAAAUUCAGCACACAUGCGAACCUGCGGCACCGGCUGGUGCUCGCGACGCUGACGGGCACACCGCUGCACAUAACUCAGAUCCGCUCGAACUCGUUAACGCCCGGCCUCACACCGUCGGAAUUCUCGCUCCUCCGCCUGCUGGACACGCUCACCAACGGCGCCUUCUUCGAGGUGUCCGUGACGGGAACAACCUUCCUCUACCGGCCCGGCCUGAUCACCGGCAACGGCGGCAAGCCCGUGACCCACGUCCUGCCGGAGACCUGCACGCGCGGUGUCAGCUACUACCUCGAAGUGCUCGCGCUCCUCGCGCCGUUCUCGAAAGCCUCCUUCUCGGUGACCCUCACCGGCGGAGUGAUCACUGCCGCAACCGAGCUCGACGCAAGCGUGGACACGUUCCGAACCGCGUACCUCCCGCUGUUCGCAAAGUUCGACAUAUCGCGCGGGCUGGAGCUACGGAUCAUCAAACGGUCGGCGGGCCCGCACGGCGCGGGCGAGGUCCAAUUCGUGCAUGGCCACCAGGUCCGCCUGCCAAAGACGCUGCACCUGCAGACCCCAGGCCGCGUCAAGAAGAUCCGCGGCGUGGCGUACGCUAUCGGCGUCUCCGCCGGGAAUAACGCGCGCAUGAUUGAGGCCGCCCGCGGCGUGCUCAACAGGUUCAUCCCCGAUGUGUAUGUCUUCAGCGACGUUGCGAAGCCGCAGAUCGUCCCUGCGGACUAUGGGAAGGAGGGCGCGGCGGAGAGGGCAGGUGGUGUGACGAAAGGCCGUGCGGGGGGGAAGACGAAGAAGGUCGGCGUCGGCUUUGGCAUGAGUCUGCUGGCCGAGAGCGGGACGGGGUGUAUAUAUUCUGCGGAUGCCACCGCGGCGCCGAGUGAGCCCGCCGAAGAUGUGGGCCGCAGGGUCGCGUUCAUGCUGCUGGAGGAGAUUGCGCUCGGUGGAUGUGUGGGCCGCACAGGUGCUAUGGCGGUGCUGACGAUGAUGAUGAUGGGUGUUGAGGGUGAUGUGGGAAGGGUGGUCCUGGGGAAGGACCUCAUUGACGACGGCUUCGUGAGCUGUCUGAGGGAUAUGAAGAAGGUGUUUGGUUCGGAGGUCGGAAUCAGGGACGCCCAGGGUAAGGAGGGUAAUGUGAUCGUCAGUGUCGUCGGGAAGGGAGUGGGUAAUGUGGGCAGGAAGCUGGCUUAACGCAUAUAUCCUACAUCUCUCUGCUUUAUCAUGUUUAGGGGGUUUGCAAAAGUUUUGUCCUCAGUACCUAAUGAAUGUAUAGCGUUACAAUAUGGACGGCAAGGGAAGCCUUUGGAUAUGAUGAUCUACCCAUUCAUCGACAAUCAAAAGAAAAGUACAUGACCAACCAAUCGAUCCUACAGUUUUCAAUUCCAGCAAAAUGAUCACUACAGGGGUCGAACCUGUGACCUUGGCGUUGCACAUCUGAUGAUAUUAGCACCACGCUCUAACCAACUGAGCUAAGCGACCU